AUGAUCUGUGUAUACAUUCCCAAGCGCGCAUGCGUGCGAUUUUUCAUGCGAUUCUAUACAAAACCAUCCACCAUUGACCGAUACUCAGCGCUUGGCGUUCUAUCUAUCUAUCUAUCUAUCUAUCUAUCUAUCUAUCUAUCUAUCUAUCUAUCUAUCUAUCUGUUUCUUUCUUUUUAUCUAUGUUUGUUUCCUUCUAUGUUUGUUUCUUUUUUCUUUCUAUUUAUGUUUCUAUCUCUCUAUGUUCCUAUCUAUCUAUCUAUCUAUGAUGGUUUUGAAUAUCUAUCUAUCUAUCUAUCUAUCUAUCUAUCUAUCUAUCUAUCUAUCUAUCUCCACCUUUUCUAUAAAUAUCUAUCUAUCUAUCUAUCUAGAUCUAUUUAUCAUCGUUCAUCUAUCUAUCUAUCUAUUAUCAUUUAUUUUAUCUAUUUCAUUUCAACAUUAUCUAUCUUUAGUUUUCGUUCUUUUUAUUUUCUUCUCAUCCAUUUUUCUUUUUUAUCUGCCGUCUUUUCUUUCUUAACUUCCAUUUUUCUUUCUGUUAUAUGUCCUCUUUUCUUUCUCCAUUUCUUUCUGUUAUAUGUCCUCUUUUCUUUCUCCUUUUCUCCUUUUCUUUCUGUUAUAUGUCCUCUUUUCUUUCUCCUUUUCUUAUUUUCUUUCUGUUAUAUGUCCUCUUUUCUUUCUCCUUUUCUCCUUUUCUUUCUGUUAUAUGUCCUCUUUUCUUUCUCCUUUUCUCCUUUUCUUUCUGUUAUAUGUCCUCUUUUCUUUCUCCUUUUCUCCUUUUCUUUCUGUUAUAUGUCCUCUUUUCUUUUCCUUUUCUUAUUUUCUUCUUUCUUUAUAUGUCCUCUUUUCUUUCUCCUUUUCCAUUUUUGUUUCCUUUAUAUGUCCUCUUUUCUUUCUCCUUUCUCCUUUUCUUUUCUCUUAUAUGUCCUCUUUUCUUUUUCUCCUUUUCUCCUUUUCUUUCUGUUAUAUGUCCUCUUUUCUUUCUCCUUUUCUUUCUGUUAUAUGUCCUCUUUUCUUUCUCCUUUUCUUUUAUUAUAUGUCCUCCUUUCUUUCUCCUUUUCUUUCUGUUAUAUGUCCUCUUUUCUUUUCCUUUCUUUUCUUUCUGUUAUAUGCAAAAUUUCUUUCAUUAAAUUUUUCUUUCUCUUAUAUGUCCUCUUUUCUUUCUCCUUUUCUCCUUUUCUUUCUCUUAUAUGUCCUCUUUUCUGUCUUUUUUUUUCCAUUUUUUGGUUCUAUUAUGUGUCCUCUUUCACUCUCCAUUACCAUUCUUUUCAUGCAACAUUAAAUUAA